AUGGCUGCGACCGUGGACGCGUCUACAGCCGUGGCGGCGCUGCAGAGCGCUGGCAACGAUGCUCGGGCGCUGGAGACCGCCAUCAGGCAGGCGGCCUUCCUCAUGGCCACGCCGGGGGACAAGCGGCAGAAAUUGAGAGCUGCGAAAACAACCUUGCGCAAGCUGCGGGCGGAAGCGGCGGAGCUGGCUAAAUCAGGCACAAGUGACCCUGCGAGCAAGCCCUCCCCACAUGCAAAAGCGUCUUACAGCCCUUCCGAAUUCGACGAGUUGUCCGAGAAAUACGAAAAGCUGAAUUGGCGCAUGAUUUCUAAGCCUGGGGGUGCCACGGUGAAGCCAGCGCCAUUCUACCAGUUGUAUGGGCUGUGCACCCAAGUGAUAAAAGGGGAUAACGACACGGAGAGGCCCAUGUGGGCGGAGAGGGGCGGCUUGGAUUUCGAGGGUCGCGAGAGAUGGGACGCCUGGGAGGCUUUGAAGGGAGAGCAGGCAUCUGAGGCCAAAAUUCGGUUUGUGAAGAUGUACUACGAAUUCUCGCCCUCAUGCCUCUACAAAGACACCAGAUGA